CUCUCGGCAAUCUUCCUUUUCGGCGAGUCGGCUGGCAACGUGGACAAGAAUUUAGCUCUAUACGAAGUAAAUUUUCUUGAAGAUGUCAGAAACUUUGCAAAUCAGAGGAACCUUGCGGGGUCACAGUGACUGGGUUACCCAAAUUGCCACCAACCCCAAGUACCCUGACAUGAUUUUGUCUUGUUCGCGAGACAAGACCUUGAUUGUAUGGAAAUUGAUCCGUGACGAGGCUAACUACGGAACUCCUCAGAAGCGGCUGCACGGUCACUCUCAUUUUGUCAGUGACGUUGUGUUGUCUUCUGACGGUAACUACGCCCUCUCUGGCUCCUGGGACAAGACCCUCCGUCUGUGGGAUUUAGCGGCCGGAAAGACCACGAGGAGGUUUGAAGAUCACACCAAGGAUGUAUUGAGCGUGGCUUUCUCUGUAGACAACCGUCAGAUCGUCUCAGGCAGCCGAGACAAGACCAUCAAGUUGUGGAACACCCUGGCCGAGUGUAAAUACACCAUCCAGGAUGACGGUCACAGUGAUUGGGUGUCUUGUGUCCGCUUCUCUCCGAACCACUCCAACCCUAUCAUCGUCUCCGCAGGAUGGGACAAAGUUGUUAAGGUUUGGAACCUGACUAACUGCCGUCUGAAGAUCAACCACUACGGACACACCGGGUACUUGAACACCGUCACAGUCUCCCCUGAUGGCUCUCUGUGCGCUUCUGGCGGAAAGGACUGCAAGGCCAUGUUGUGGGACUUGAAUGAUGGCAAGCAUCUCCACACUCUGGACCACAACGACAUCAUCACCGCACUGUGUUUCAGUCCCAACAGAUACUGGCUGUGUGCUGCCUUCGGGCCCUACAUCAAGAUCUGGGACCUGGAGAGCAAGGACAUGGUAGAGGAGUUGAAGCCAGAGGUUGUGUCCUCCAACACAUCCAAGGCUGAACCACCUCAGUGUCUGUCCCUGGCCUGGUCCACUGAUGGUCAGACUCUGUUUGCUGGAUACUCUGACAACAUCAUCCGAGUGUGGCAGGUCUCUGUCUCCUCACGAUAAAUUCCAACAAUAAAUGUCUUUUAAUAUUUCA